UGUUGUAUGCGAAUAUCCAGACAUGCAAAUUGCCGUGAAGAGAAGACUCGAUAACAGCGUGCACAUUCAAUAGAGCUCAUAGGUAUUUGUGUUCGUUCAUAUCUAAGAAUCGUCGCUGGUCGAUGAGUUGCUCAAUAUUGGAAAAGACACCUACUCUCCUUUUUGCAUAUCUUCUCCAUAACGACAAUGACAAACUCUUGGAAAUCCCACUUUAGCGGAUCCAAGAUCUGGUUCUAUUUACUAUUCUGGGGAUUGCAGAUUGUGCUUUUUGCAGUCGGCUGGUACCUACAAGUGACUAAUCACAAACUCGAUGCCUUGAACACCCUAAAGUACUCAGUCUGGAUCUCGAGAGGUGCAGGUUUGGUCCUGAGCUUUGAUGCGGCUAUUCUUCUUUUGCCCAUGUGCAGGAAUCUGCUCAAGACCCUAAGGCCGCGAUUGCGAUGGCUACCGCUAGAUGAGGCAAUAUGGUUCCAUCGCCAAGUUGCUUAUUCUCUCCUAAUAUUUACCAUCAUUCAUACUGCUGCUCACUACGUCAAUUUCUACAAUGUUGAGAAAAAUCAUCUUCGCCCUGUCACAGCAGUCCAAAUUCAUUUCACCGAGGCAGGAGGCAUCACCGGUCAUGUAAUGCUCUUGUGCAUGAUGCUCAUGUACACCACCGCCCAUCAACGAAUCCGGCAGCAGUCGUUCGAAACAUUCUGGUAUACGCACCAUCUUUUCGUCCCUUUUUAUCUAGCUCUUUACACCCACGCUACCGGUUGCUUUGUUCGCGACACCACGGACCCCAUCUCACCCUUCGCAGGGAAAAGGUUCUGGAACCAUUGCCUGGGAUACGAAGGCUGGAGAUGGGAAUUAGUGGGCGGGGCGCUGUACUUUUGCGAAAGGCUUUAUCGAGAAAUUCGGUCAAGGCGGGAUACAGUGAUCACUAAGGUGAUCCGUCAUCCAUACGAUGCCAUGGAAAUCCAGUUUCGUAAACCAAGCAUGAAAUACAAGGCCGGCCAGUGGCUCUUUAUCCAAGUUCCCGAGGUUUCUAGCAACCAAUGGCAUCCCUUUACUAUCACCUCCUGCCCUUUCGACCCCUAUAUCAGUGUGCACGUCCGCCAGGUUGGGGACUUCACCCGUGCCUUGGGAGAUGCUCUGGGCUGUGGGCCCGCACAAGCAAGAGAUCUGGAAGGUCUCGACCCAUUGGGAAUGUACGAAGUGGCCCUCCAGAACGGCCAGAAGAUGCCGAAGUUACGCGUGGAUGGGCCUUACGGAGCGCCGGCGGAGGAUGUUUUCGAGAACGAGAUUGCGGUCCUCAUCGGCACUGGUAUCGGGGUCACCCCAUGGGCGUCUAUCCUCAAAAGCAUCUGGCACUUACGUGCUCGGCCCAACCCGCCCCGGCGGCUCCGCCGUGUCGAAUUCAUCUGGGUCUGCAAGGACACCUCCUCAUUUGAGUGGUUCCAGGCUCUGCUCUCAUCGCUCGAGUCCCAAUCCGCAUCCACCGCUGCGUACGAAGGCAGCGUCGAGUUCUUGCGCAUUCACACAUACCUUACCCAACGCCUCGACGACGACACGGCCGCGAACAUCUACCUGAAUUCGGUGGGGCAGGACCUCGAUCCCCUCACGGAGCUCCGUAGUCGGACAAACUUCGGUCGGCCCGACUUCAAGCGCCUGUUCAGCGCCAUGCGCGAUGGCCUACAGGAUCAAAGCUACAUGUCCGGGCUAUACGACAAUACACCAACGCAGGUUGGAGUGUACUUCUGCGGCCCCAAUGCGGCAGCGAGACAGAUCCGCGAGGCGGCAUUGUCGACCUCGACAAAGGAUAUCAAAUUCAAAUUCUGGAAGGAACACUUCUAAUAUACAGAAGAAGAGUGAUCUUGAUCUGAAGAGUGAGGAAGAGAGUGGUGGGUGUGGGUUUACUUAUGAUAUGAUACCAUGAUGACUAACGACAUUUCCUUUUUUUUUAUCUCUUUUUACCUUGGAUUAAAGUUUGUUUAACUGUUUGUUUCAUUGUUGUGUGCAAGGCAUUCUAUUGUGUCUACUACUUCAACCAUCUGUACUUGUCUCAUGAUGCUAUGUCCUGUA